AACAAAUAGCGAAGCUUGAGCUCUCGAACAAUGGUUGUUGUGGUUGCCGCUGCCGACGUCGUUGAAAACAGCAGCAACAGCGGGAGCGACGCCAGCAGUGGUAUCGUAAGCGGUACCGCUGAAUCUCAACCAUUUGUCGGCUGUACACAAGCAACAGCGGUCAAUAACAAUCAUACUGAUAAGAACAACACUACAAAAACGGAUGCAAUAGAAGCGCAGCAGGUAGCGGAGAAUUGGCAUCAAGCAAAGGAUAUUCAGAAGAAUUAUCUUCGGCAGGAAAAUAAGGACAACAAUUGUGGCAACGAUAUCAGCAACAUCACCAACAAUAAUAUGACGGAUACGGCCAAAGGAACUGCAGCGACCAACACAAGCACGACUGGGUCGGAGGCGGUUAUGUCCACUAAGAGCGCAGUCAGCCAACGAAACAUAGAUAUCAAGAUAGAGAAGACCAGCAACAUGGAAGCAGCCACACAGCAGCUCACCAAGAAGGUCCUCAAACUGGAUCUUGCUGGCAAGAACCUCGACGAAUACUCACUUAAGUCGCCUAAGUCACCUAUAGCUGCACGUUUGCCGCAUCAGACAUCGCUGACGUCAUCGGUAGACGUAGAGGACCGAAAGACAUUACGAGAGGCCUUAUACCAGGGUAUAUUCCAUCGACAUCGCCGAACUAUCUUUGCCGUGGGAAGCUUUCUGAGGAUGUUGCGCAGCCGCAACUCGCAAUACAACACGAUACGGAGCUCGUCGGAGGGCGAGGAUGUCGAUGAGCAGCAGCCGAAGCAUAAUCAGCAGGAGCUGAAGCAAUCGCAAGAAUAUUUCCACCCGUGUGACCAAGAAGUAUCGACCGCAUCCAUAGAAUCACCGUCUAGACAGCAGCAACAAUCGGAUUCGCAUUAGAUGGCCUUGCUGCUUAAGUUUAAUUUUUGAUUUAUUUAUAAGCCCAUACGACAUUCACGUAUUAUUAACUGCUAUUUUACGAUUUACGAUCGUGCAACCAUGAGACUAGCCACCCGUUGUGUUAGCAUGUAGUGAGCCAUAUGAAUUAUGUAACUAAUACUAUUGAUGCCGGACUGUGACCUGAUUUUAUACCAAAACUAACAUCUGCAGAACACCAAAAAUACAAAUGACAUUCCCGAGGAACUGCUGCUUCAUCUCGUUCUUUACUUGAGCAGAUCGCCUUAUCUUAACUGCGACACAUUUAAGCUAAACUAAACUAAUACUUAGUUAAACUGAACCUAAGCUGAACUAGAAACUACUACUGAUGUACAAGCUAUAUGGGUCGUUCUUUUACAAACCGAACACCUUUUUUCGGUCACAUUUUUGAAUUGCCAGAAACUUUUUUUACGUGUACUAUUCGGUAAAUAACAAGUGAAUCAGGAUUUAAACGAAAAUUAUUUUUUUGUUUUUAAAUGUUCGUAAACUUUGUAAGUUUUUUAAAAUUUGUAAAGAACUAACUAAUUUUAAAAAGUUGCUGGGUUUCAAAAUCUAUUUUUCCAACUGUAGUAAUCCGAAUGACUUCAAUUUUGUUGUAUUUAAUCCUCUAAGACCUGUACUUUUGGACACUAAUUUUUUUAAUUUCUUAAAAAUAAAACAAAUUAAAUUUAGAAAAAAAAAUUAAGGGGUUCCACAUACCAAAAAAUGGUUCUUUUAAUUGUAAUUGUCACCUGCAAUCGGUUUUUUUUAGAGUUGGAUCCUUUUUUAUACCCGUUACCCGUAGAGUAAAAGGGUAUACUAGAUUCGUCGGAAAGUAUGUAACAGGUAGAAGGAAGCGAUUCUCGACCCCAUAAAAUAUGUAUAUUCUUGAUCUGGACACGAAAUUAGCAAAUCAUCUGUUUUCACUAUACGCCGCCAAGCCGCUAGGGACGCAAUAGGCUAGAUUCGUUAUCAAAGAAGAAGAUAUCAUAUCUCCAUCCCUCUCGCACUCCCUUAAGCUGAGUAACUGGUAUCUAAUAGUCGAGGCCAUCGACUGUAGUGUUUUCUCUGGUUUGUUUUUAAGUUAUUGAAUUGUUUCUAACAAGACCUCUAAUUUCUUCUACAAACGCACAAACGAACUAAAAAAAUAAUUUUUUUCGACCAAAUCCUGAUACAAGUGUUUACUUAUUUACCGAAUAGUAUACGCACAAAUAAUUUCAAAAAAAUCAAAAAUGUGAAAAAAUAUUUUUGUCGAAAUCCGUUUGGUUUGUAAAAAAAGGCCCAUAUACGUACAAAAAUCAAUCUAAUUGUAUGUUUUAGCGCCCCGCACUCUGUAUUUAGGUGCAAAAUUACCCCAGUCCGCCCCAUUUGUCGUUCUGUCGUUGAACACUAAUAAUAAAGUUUUAGCAGCUAUAAAACUGCUGUAGUCCGCUCUAUAACUUGGGAAUUAUUAAAAUUUUUUAUUUUCGUAUUAGUCUGUAAAUGCUUAAGGUCGAUUCCCGUCCAUUACCCCAAGAAUGUGCACUUUUUUCCAUUUAUAAUAAAU